AUGUCGUUCGCCACACCAUGCCCGUCGCAGCGCGUCCGCGGCCACUUGCCCGUGCCACGUUCGCCGUGCCUGCCUCUCCACGCCACCUUCCCGCGCCCAAGGCCAUCGUGGCCGUGCUUCGCCCGCGCCCGUGCCUGCCCCUUGCUCGCUUCCCGCCAUCGCUGCUGUUGCUCGCCGCCCGCACGCGCCCUGCCGCUUCCGCCGCCGCCGCUCGCGCACCCCGCCCUCGGCCUCGUUGCCGCUGCGGCCUGGGGCCGCGCCGUGCCGCCCCGCACACUAGUCGCCGCCCAGGCUUCGGCCACGCCCGCGGCGCCUGUCGCUGGGUCCGUCCGCACCACCACCCGCUGCGCGCGCCGGCGCCCCGCCCCCCCCCCCCCGCUGCAGCCGCCCCACUGCCGGUGCCGCCGGCCACGCGCGCCCCUGCGGCCUCGUUCCGCUGCACCCCUGCGGGCGAGCGCCCGUUCAGGUGGCGCCAUCACCGCUCCCCCCGCGGCCGACACAGGGGCUGGAAAUGUCGGAGGAGAACAACAUCAGCAGCGUGUCGACGGCCACGCUCCGCAAGGUGCGGACGAGGGGGUCACUCCGCUCGCACCCCCUCCUCCCACCGGCGGGCAUAACCACAGCAACGGCGCUCGGUCUGGGGUGAGCCAUCGUCCUUCGGCCGCCCCUGCUACGGGGGCGGUCACGGUGCAUGUGCCUCCUCCCGGACGAGCCGACCCGACCGAUGUGCCCAACGGAGCCGUCGACCCUCGAGCACCACCGCCGCGCAACCCCGCUGCACAGCAGGUGGUCGUUCCACAGCAGCGCGGGCGCGACACCGCCGCCACCGCUAGGGCCGUCAGGAGCCAGGCGACGGUGCGGUCGACGUCAUCAACAUCUAUGCCAAGCACAGCCACGGAGGCUAUGGCGUGA